AUGACAACUGCGGCCAACACUGCAAUGGCAGUUAAUCAUUUGACAAAUACUGGAAAUCUAAACAGGAUGUCCAACGUUAAUUCAGCUGCCAAUAUCAAUAUGGUUAAUGGUAUUGGUGGUUCUAAUAGUAACCAUGCAGCAGGUUUAAAUGCGACAGGAGCUGCGGGAGGAGGAACAGGUGGUUUAGCGACGAAUGGAACCACGGCAGUAGCAGGAGGAGGAACUAAUUCAUCGGCAAGGGAUGAUUCUACGAUUGUGGGGUUACACUAUAAGAUUGGGAAAAAGAUAGGAGAAGGUUCAUUCGGUGUUCUUUUUGAAGGUACCAAUAUGAUUAACGGUGUUCCCGUGGCGAUUAAAUUUGAACCAAGAAAGACGGAAGCACCACAACUAAAGGAUGAAUACAGAACGUAUAAGAUUUUAGCGGGCACGUUAGGUAUUCCACAAGCUUAUUAUUUUGGUCAAGAGGGAUUGCAUAACAUUUUAGUCAUUGAUUUAUUAGGUCCAUCGCUGGAAGAUCUUUUUGAUUGGUGCGGGCGUAGGUUUUCAGUGAAGACUGUGGUACAAGUAGCAGUUCAAAUGGUUACGCUAAUCGAAGACUUACAUGCACGCGAUUUGAUUUAUCGUGAUAUCAAACCAGAUAACUUCUUAGUUGGUAGACCUCAGCAACCCGAUGAAAAUAAGGUGCAUUUAAUCGAUUUCGGUAUGGCUAAACAGUAUAGAGAUCCGAAGACAAAGCAACAUAUUCCAUAUCGUGAGAAAAAAUCGUUGAGUGGUACAGCUAGAUAUAUGUCUAUUAAUACGCAUUUGGGUAGAGAACAAUCCAGAAGAGAUGAUAUGGAAGCUAUGGGCCAUGUGUUCUUCUAUUUCCUAAGAGGUCAAUUACCAUGGCAAGGUUUGAAGGCACCAAAUAAUAAACAAAAAUACGAAAAAAUUGGUGAAAAAAAGAGAACAACGAAUGUUUACGAUUUAUCACAAGGUUUGCCAAUACAGUUCGGACGUUAUUUGGAACUCGUAAGGAAUUUAUCAUUUGAAGAAACUCCAGAUUAUGAAGGUUAUCGUAGGUUACUAUUAUCAGUAUUAGAUGACCUGGGACAAACAGCAGAUGGUGAAUACGAUUGGAUGAGAUUGAAUGGCGGUAGAGGUUGGGAUUUGGCUAUAAAUAAAAAACCAAAUCUUCACGGUUAUGGUCAUCCAAACCCACCAAAUGAAAAAGCUCGUAGACAUAGGUCGAAGAUGGCUGGCGCUGGCGUUCAUCACCAGAUGAUGCAAUCACCUCAUAAUCAACAACAAGUGUUACAGCAAGCUCCAAUCCCCACAGCACAAGCGGCCCCAUUGCCGCAGGUGAACAUGGCAAACUUAAAUGCAAAUGAUGACCCGUUAGCUCGUAACAGUGCUGCUAUGAAUAAUCAAUUUGCACAAGCAAAGUUAGAUCCAACAUCCUACGAGGCUUAUCAACAACAAACUCAGAAGAAAUAUGCUCAGCAACUACAAUAUCAACAGCAACAACAACAAACUGCUGCUGUUCCUGCUCAAAGUAAUAAUCAAGCAAGAUUUCAACCUUCGAAAGGUGCCAAUGGUUUUGGUUCAUCAGGUGGCGUACCACCACAAGCAACGAAUAAAUAUAACUACCAAAAGCAACCAAAAGCAAUUCCACAACAACACAGUGGAGCUAGUGGUAGACAACAAAAAAAUUUGGACAAUGCUUCAUUCGAUACUGGUAAAGGUUUCUUCAGUAAAUUUGGCUGUUGCUGA